AUGGCAGCGAUGGAAACACUGGAGCUGCCCAGCGUGCUUCUGGAACCACAGACACUGACUGAGAUCUCCGACGACGAGAUUAACCUGCCUCCCUCGGACGAUGAAGAGCCUGCGGAGGGGAAGACGGAGGCCUCUGCGGGUCCAGAGGAAGAGCAGAGCACAGAAGCUGCUGCAGAUCAACCCAUGAACGGGGCCGUGGUACUUUCACUGCUGGACAAGAUCAUCGGGGCCGUGGACAAGAUCCAGCAGACGCAGAGCGGCCUGGAGACCCGACAGCAGGAGAUGGAGCGCUCGGUCACCACCAUCCAGGGAGAGCUGGUCAAGCUGUCCAAGAGCCACAGCACCACCUCCAACAGCGUCAACAAGAUGAUGGAGAAGGUGCGCAAAGUCAGCAUCAACGUCAAGAGCGUCCGAGCCAACCUGGAGAAGCAAGGAGGCCAGAUCAAGAAGCUGGAGACCAACGAGGCUGAGCUGCUGAAGAGACGGAACUUCAAAGUCAUGAUUUACCAGGACGACGUGAAGCUCCCGUCUCGGCUCAGCGUCUCCAAAUCCAUGAGAGCGUCAGAGUCUGUGGCCGGGAGCCGGGGAGGCAGCAUGCUGGAGCUCAAGGAGGCCGCGGAGGAUCCCGGAGAGGAGGCCGGGCAGAGCACCGACAAACCCCACAUCGACCUGUCCUCGGACGAAGAGGCCGUGGACGUGGAGGACAUUCUGGAGGAGACGCGAGCCGAGCGCAUCAAACGCAGCAGCCUCCAACGGGUGCAAACUCUGAAGACCGUGUUUUCCAGGGAGAAGAUGGACAAGACCAAGGCCAAGACCAAGGAAAAUCUGGAGAAGACCAAGAAAAAGACGAAAGACAACAUUGAGAAAACCAAGCAGAAGACCAAAGACAACAUUGAGAAAACCAAGCAAAAAACAAAGGAGAACAUCGAGAAAACCAGACAGAAAACUAAAGAAAACUUGGAGAAGACCAAGCAGAAAACCAAAGAGAACUUGGAGAAGACACGCCACAACAUUGAGAAGAAGAUGGGGAAGCUGGGAACACGCAUGUCCGUGAACCCCGAGCGCAAGCAGAAGAUGCAGACGUCCCGGGAGAAGGUGAAGAAGUCCUUUACCCCGGACCACGUGGUCUACGCCCGAUCCAAGACCGCGGUCUACAAGGUGCCGCCCUUCACCUUCCACGUCAAGAAGAUCCGCGAGGGGGAGGUGGAGGUGGUGCAUGGGACGGAGAUGAUCGAGGUGUCCCAGGAUGGAGAGGCCUUCAGCGGGGUGGACGCUGAGCUGCAGGACGAGAACGUGGAGGUGGAGAUGGAGAUGAUGAACGGAGGAGGAGAGGAGGAGGAGGAGGAGGAGGAACAUGAUGAAGAAGCUGGGGAUCCUGAGGAAGAGGACAGCCACGAGGAGCUGCAGAAGGAUGAAGACCAGGACAGAGACAGUGAUUAG